AUGGGUUCGAAGAGUAGUCCCCCAACUGAAUACACAGCUCGAGCAUGGCUGGUCAUAUUCGGUGCCUUCACCUGUGCCUUUUGCACUGUGGGCUUUAUGAACUCGUUCGGUAUCUUUCAAGAGUACUACACAAAGAAUCAACUAUCUGCAAGCUCCACAUCUACCAUUGCGUGGCUCGGGGCAAUAGCAAUAUUUUUCUUGUUCGCUACAUCUGUCUGUGCGGGAGCGAUGGUUGAUAUUUUUGGGCCAGCGUUGAUGCUAUAUGUUGGCUCAUUUGGAUGUGUUUUCGCACUCAUGAUGACUUCGCUAUGCGACAAGUUCUAUCAGUUUCUACUCGCGCAGGGUGUCUUGCUUGGUAUCUCUAUGGGCCUGGUGACAUGGCCUAUGCUCGCGUUGAUCGGACAAUACAUCAAAGUGAAGCGUGGUGCGGCGAUGGGGAUUGUUCUUGGAGGUUCGUCACUUGGCGGAGUUAUUUGGCCCAUUGCAAUCGACAGAUUGAUCAAUAAUUCCAGCAUCGGGUUUCCCUGGACCAUGCGAAUUGUCGGCUUUAUCAUGAUUCCUUGCUUGAUCUUCACUUGCGCAGUUGCCAGAUCUCCAACAACACCUACAACAAACGUGGAUAGUUGUGACCCAGAGCACGAAAGCGUCGAAGAUACCACCCAAGAAAUGGAAAAAUCGCAGAGUCACAAGGAAGAGGCUAUGGUUCUUUUACGAAAGCCAUCGCUGCACCUACUAUGCCUCGCCAUGUUCGUCAUAUACUUCGGUAUGUUCUCGCCAUUCUUCUAUACGACUUCUUAUGCGGUCGAAAAAGGAUUCUCGACAUCUCUGGCAUUCUAUACUGUCUCUAUUGUGAACGGGGCUUCAUUCUUCGGCCGAGUCCUCCCCGGCAUCAUUGCGGAUAAGUACGGAAAGUUCAACUGUUGCAUUAUAGCCACUAUAUCCGCAGGGGUUAUUGCAUUAACCUGGACCAAGGUGACAUCUGUGGCCGGUCUGGUGGUUUGGUCUGCUGCAUACGGCUUUGCGUCUGGUGGCAUUUUAUCCCUCCAGCAAGCUUGUGCCGCCCAGGUUUCUACUUCUACCACUCUUGGUCUAGCAAUCGGAACUGUGUCAGCCUCCACGGCUCUAUCUGCUAUGGCAAAUGUGCCCAUAAGUGGUGCUCUAGUUGAAAGAUAUGGGUAUCUCUCCCUGUCAAUAUUCUCAGGCACAUCCUUAUUAAUUGGCGGUUUUCUUUUGAUUGCUGCACGUCUGAUACAGAACCGACAGCUUCGAGCCGUCGUUUAG